GCGAGUGGAGCCAUGCAGGAAGUGGCUGAACUGCACUGGGAUGGCCCUUCCAGCAUCUCCCCUGCAAAGCAGGAGAGAGGAAAUGGUGACAUGCAGCAAGGUGGCCCCAGCAAGGUGUCCCAGGUCACCCAGGACAUGGCCACAAGGAUGCUCCACAUGGCUCAGUUCCUGCGGAAGAAGGGCCCCAUUGCGAGCAAGGAGCAGCUUGUUGCCUGUGCCAGGCAGAUGGCUUCCGAMGGGCAGGUAGUUGUUAAGUUUGGGAACAUCCUUGCCAAACACUGCCUGGAUCAGAGAUGCUCCAUGGAGCUGCUCCGUGCUGCCGAGCACACCCAAUCCAUCAGCAGCCAACUCAGCAUCGUGGCCAGGGUGAAAGCAGUGACUAGGGAGAGCAAGGCCUCCUCUGAGCUGCUGGUGAGCAAUGUGCAGAACCUGGUCCGAGCGGUCCAGCACGUCCUGAGGGCGGCCGAGGCRGCGUGUGUCAAAGGUUUGAGACAACCCUCAGCUGACCCUGAGGAAGAAGAAGUUGCUGCUUUCUGCCAGCAGUGGAGGAAAAACCURAUACAGCACAGAGCCAAGGAGGCUUUAAAUUCCGACCGGGAUGCAUUAGGGCUCCGAAAGACUCGGGGGGCAAAGGCUGAACCCACYCUGAUGUCUCUGGUGCAAGAACCCCCUCGGAGCAGGAAUAUCCCGAAGCAUCCCAUUCCUAGGAAAGGACACACAGUCAUGGACAGACACCUGUAAAUCCA